AUGGCUUACGAGCCACGCGGCGACCAUGGCGACAGAGGUGACCGAGGUGACCGAGGUGACCGGGGCGGACCAGAUGGAGGUCACGUCAAGGUGCGCGGCAGAAGGCCUGUCACCGAUUACAGCGCCACCGUCACACACUGGCUUCGCAACCGCACCGCCAACUACAAAGGUGGCUAUACUGGCGAAGCAGAACGGCCAAGCGCAAGCUACAUUGUGGACAUGAUCCCCCCGGCUGGGCGGCCAACCUCUGCUGCUGACACUAUCCCCUCAAAACACCUUCAUUCGUCCUUGAACAAGAUCAAGCACCCGAUAAACGUCGUACGAUGGACUCCAGAAGGACGACGCCUCCUGACAGCCUCGACAAGUGGCGAAUUCACGCUGUGGAACGGCACGGGCUUCAACUUUGAAACUAUCAUGCAGGCCCACGACUCGGCAAUCCGGGCCCUCGAGUAUUCGCACAGCGAUGACUGGCUCAUAUCUGGUGACCACGACGGCCUGAUCAAGUACUGGCAGCCAAACUUCAACAACGUGCAAAGUAUUACCGCACAUUCGGAUCCCAUCAGGGACCUGGCAUUCAGCCCCAACGACUCCAAGUUUGUCAGCGCGUCAGAUGAUUCGACGCUCAAAGUCUUCGACUUUGCCAUGGGGCAGAUGGAGUCCAAACUCGAAGGGCACGGAUGGGACGCAAAGACUGUCGACUGGCAUCCUACAAAGGGCCUGCUUGUCUCGGGCUCCAAGGACCAUCUCGUCAAGCUGUGGGACCCGCGUACAAGCCGGUGCCUCACGACCCUUCAUGGCCACAAGAGCACCAUCACAAAGGUCAUGUUCGAAAAGGUGCGAGGCAUGUGCCUUGCAACCUCAGCUAGAGACCAGACAGCCCGAGUCUUUGACCUGCGAAUGAUGCGCGACAUUUGCCUGCUCAAGGGCCACGAAAAGGACAUCUCGACAUUGACCUUCCACCCAAUUCACCCCAACCUCCUCACGACUGGCGGCUUAGAUGGUUCGCUGUUCCACUAUCUUCUUGACACACCAAAUCCACCUCCAGGCCAAGCCCUGACCGUUGCGCCAUACGACAGCAUGGACCCAACAACUACCCCAGCUCAGUCCGUCUGGCCGACGCACAAGGUACCUUAUGCCCAUGACUACGCUAUUUGGUCCCUCGACUGGCAUCCCCUAGGCCACAUCCUCGCCACCGGUUCCAACGACAGGAUCACCCGGUUCUGGACGCGCGCUCGUCCCGGCGACGCCGACGUCUUCCAAGAUCGCUAUCACAUUGGCGAGGCAGCGGCGGAGGCACAGGGCACGUGGGACCGUCGCGGAAACCGAAGACAGCGGCAGGAGGAGGAGCAGCAGGAGAUGGAAGACGAAAUGGACGCCCUUGUCGACCAGGAUGCCCACAAGCAGAUCAACGCAGGUCUGCCCGGCAUUCCCGGGCUCCCGUUGGGAGGCGGUGUCCCCGGUCUCGGGGCGGGUGGCCCGAUUCCGCCGCCUGUUAUCCCUGGCGUCGGUGCCGGCUCCGGUGCUCCUCCACCACCCCUCCCGUUCCCGCUCCCUGGGCUCAACGGCGCUCCUCCGCCGCCGUUCCCCGGACUGGACCCGAACAACCCGCCUGACCCGGCACAGCUUCUCGAACUCAUGAAGAAGGCCGGUGUGCCGCUCCCGCCACCCGGCGCGCUACCUCCUGGCCUCAUCCCUCCGCCAGGAGGUGUGCCCCCGCCCCUCCCUGGUGGCUUCGGGAUGCCGGUCCCUCCUCCGCCGAUACCACACGUGGAUACCGAGAAGUCGGAGAGUGCGCGACGACGGGCGCCGCUGCCCUCCCAGGAGGAGAGUCUGCGACAGGAGCAGCGGCAGGGGAAGUACACCAGGGCGAGGUAG